AUGCGGACAGCCCGAGGUAGCCUAAUGAUGGAUUUUGAUGAGCGUGUUCCUUGCUCCUCUAACAUGUAUUUGCCAAGUUGCACUUACUACGUCUCGGGUCCAGAUUUCUCCAGCCUUCCUUCCUUUCUCCCCCAAACCCCUUCUUCUCGUCCCAUGCCCUAUUCCUAUUCUUCCAACCUCCCCCAGGUGCAGCCUGUCAGAGAGGUUACCUUCAGGGAGUAUGCCAUUGACACCUCCAGUAAGUGGCACCCCAGGAGCAAUCUGGCCCACUGCUAUUCAGCAGAUGACAUUAUGCACAGAGACUGCCUCCCUGCCUCCAACCCUGCCAGCAUGGGGGACAUGUUCGGCAAGAACGCCUCCAAUGUCUACCACCCCAAUGCCAACGUCUCCUCCAAUUUCUAUAGCACAGUGGGCAGGAAUGGGGUGCUGCCACAAGCCUUUGAUCAGUUCUUUGAGACAGCCUAUGGCAGCACAGACAACCAGAACUCGGACUAUCCCGGCGACAAAAGCUGCGACAAACUUCCCGGACCGUCGGCCGCAACUUCAAGUUCGGAGCCGUGCAGGGAGACGGAGGAGAAGGAGCGGAGGACGGAGAGCAGCAGCAGCAGCCACAGCAGCUCCUCAUCCGGCAACACUGAAGACAAAGCCAAUAGCUCCAGUGGACAGCGUACCCGUAAAAAGAGGUGUCCUUACACCAAAUAUCAAAUUAGGGAACUGGAAAGGGAGUUUUUCUUCAGUGUCUAUAUUAACAAAGAAAAAAGGCUACAGCUCUCACGAAUGCUGAAUUUAACCGACCGACAGGUCAAGAUAUGGUUUCAAAAUAGGAGGAUGAAAGAGAAAAAAAUUAACAGGGACCGAUUGCAGUAUUACUCUGCCAACCCCCUCUUAUGA